AUGGCUACCGGGAUGAGCCCUAUCAUUCGUAAUAAGAUGAUAGCUUCAAUCCAUAGUACACAUACCUAUCUGAAACCUCCUAAACAUCCGCAGUUGCAUGAUAUUGGGCAUGCAGCAGUCUCCGACAUCAGUGGUGAGAUUAUACUUCCCAUCGUCUUACUAGUUCCGGAUGAUGGUGUCUCGCUCGCCAUCAGCGUCAAAUCGCAGCUGCUUCAGAGGCUUCCUGAGAGAUUGCUUCAAGGUAACAUUGAUGACCGGCCACCUAAUCUCCGCGCAAUCUUCGCAGUGUCAUCGUCAAGGCUGUGUUGGCACUAUUUUCAUGCAGCAGUCCUAGAAGGUAGGGGUUUGGCAGCCAAACAGAACAGGCCAAGGCAUUACAAAGAUGUAGAACAUGUCUUGAUGACCAUGGAUGUGCAGUCUGAAAAUGAAUAUUACUAG